AUGGCAAUGGACGACGACGAAGAUACCGUCAUGGGAGAGGCGGGCUCUCACAAUCCCCCCUCGGUUGCUUCACAUCGAUGGGCAAGCAAUGGCUCUGGUAUCCAAGGCAACGGCCAGCUCAAUGGUACUUCAGAUCCAUCUAUUGCACCGCCGCUUCUGGGUCAGAGUAUGAAGCUGCCGCUCUCUCUACACUCGGGAGACUCGCAAUCAGAGACGACAGCAGGGGCAGGCAAUCAAGGGAUAUCACCUCCGAAGAGCCUGCCCAAAUCAGUCGACUCCGGUGAUGCCACCACCGAAGAUUACGAUAAGCUAGAUAGCCUUGUCGAGGACAACUCCGAUUGGACUGAUGCGGAAGCAGUUGCCCGCACUGGGCUUCCUCUGGCCUCACUUCCUUCCGGAUUAUGCUAUGAUGUUCAGAUGCGCUAUCACUGUGAAGUGCGACCGACAGCAGAUGUUCAUCCAGAGGAUCCUAGGCGGAUCUACUACAUCUACAAAGAACUUUGUCGAGCAGGACUUGUUGAUGACCCGGAGUCGUGUCGACCCCUUGUCGCACGACCGUUGAGGCGCAUCAAUGCCCGCAAUGCUACUGAAGAAGAAAUCUCGCUUGUUCACACGCCUGACCAUUUUGCAUUCGUAGAAAGCACCAAAGACAUGUCCGAUGAUGAGUUAAUUGCAUUGGAACACACGCGUGAUUCGAUAUACUUCAAUAAAUUGACAUUUGCAUCUUCGAUCCUAUCAGUUGGUGGAGCGAUUGAGACAUGCUUGGCUGUCGCAACCCGGAAAGUGAAGAAUGCCAUCGCAGUCAUCCGGCCUCCUGGACAUCAUGCCGAACACGACAAGACCAUGGGCUUCUGUCUGUUCAAUAAUGUCUCUGUGGCGGCGCGCGUCUGUCAAGACCAACUAGGACACCGCUGCAGAAAAAUUUUGAUCCUUGACUGGGAUGUUCAUCAUGGAAAUGGUAUCCAAAAAGCCUUCUAUGAAGACCCCAACGUACUAUACAUCUCACUCCACGUGUAUUCGGACGGGAAGUUCUAUCCCGGGGGCGAAGAAGGCGACUGGGACCAUUGUGGUGAAGGCGCCGGCGUUGGGAGAAAUGUGAACAUACCUUGGCCAAGCCAGGGCAUGGGCGAUGGCGAUUACAUGUAUGCUUUCCAGCAGGUUGUCAUGCCGAUUGCGCAUGAAUUUGACCCGGAUCUUGUUAUCAUCGCCUCUGGGUUCGACGCAGCUGCGGGCGAUGAGCUUGGAGGGUGUUUCGUUACACCUUCAUGCUACGCUCACAUGACACACAUGCUCAUGACGCUUGCUAAUGGCAAAGUCGCCGUCUGUCUUGAGGGUGGCUAUAAUUUCAGGUCAAUCUCGAAGUCAGCGCUUGCAGUCACGAAGACUCUGAUGGGAGACCCGCCAGAUCGACUCCAUACUACUUCUCCCUCUACACUUGCAACUACAACCGUACGCCGCGUGAUGAUGAUCCAGUCGCGUUUUUGGCACUGCAUGUAUCCGAAGGGGCCUUCCCAGGAUGGGUUCUUCACCGAUAGGCUUCACGAUGUCAUACGUUCUUACCAGGCGAAGCAACUUUACGAUAACCUCAAGCUCACAUCUCUCUUCAUUUAUCGGACUGCCAUCUCCAAGUCAUUCGAGAAUCAAGUCUUAGCAAGCCCCAACUAUCAUCAACCAGUGCCUCUUCUGGUGAUUUUCCAUGAUCCGCCCGAGAUCAUGGGCCUUCCCCAUCCUGUCACCAACAAGCUGGAGGCCCACAACUGCUGGCUGGCUGAUCAUAUGAAGAACUACAUUGCAUGGGCUCUCGGAAAGGGGUAUGCGGUGAUUGAUGUCAAUAUCCCCAAGCAUGUGACGAUCGAUCCUUCAUCUGGUAAAUACGAGGAGGAAGACGAGAAUCGACCCACUGCUACCGAGGAACUAGCCGGAUACCUGUGGGACAACUAUAUCGAACCCAGCGAGGCCACCGAGAUCUUCUUCAUAGGCGUUGGAAAUGCUUUCUACGGGGUAGCCAAUCUACUGAUUAACCGCGAGACACUGUACAAACGGGUCAACAGCGUGGUUUCAUUCGUGGCUGAGAAUCCGGUUCGUGCCAUCGCCUCCCAUACCCAGGUCUGGCUGUCGCGGUGGUACAAAGAUAACUCCCUCGUAUUUGUCUCACACACGCAUGGUGUCUGGAACAGCGUCGAGACGCGGCGCAAACCAUCCAAGCGCUACGGUCAACUCGUUCAAUCACCCAAGGCAAGCCUAAGUGAGAUGCUCGUGCACCACAGGGACGAAGUAUACCAAUGGAUCUCCGAGCGAGCCGACGUACACGACAGUGAGACCGAAGAAGAAAAAAAAUCCAAACCCAAGAGUCGGUCCCCAACGAAGGAGAACCAAGGGGAACCCCGUUCUGUGCCAAGUUAA